AUGUCACAUGAUAGACAAACUUUUAAAACUGAAAUGUCAUUGAGGACAAUGAGACGAAUGGUUUUGCAAAAGCUAACAGCAAAGAAUAUAGAUUUACUGAAUUUCAGGCCUGAACUCUUACCCGAAGAAAGACAAUAUAUAAAAGGGCAGUUAGUAAAUGAAGUGUCAAAAAUAUUCGCUUUUGAUAUGUCUGAAUUGGCU